CUCUUCUCUUCUAAAUAUCAAUGAGAUUCUCCACCAUCCUCGCCUUCGGCUUUGCUGCUCUUGCCUCUGCUUCUCCUAUUGAGAAGAGAGCCACCCCCGAUGCUGAAGUGCACGGAGUCAUCAAUGCAGAAGUUAUGGGUGCCCUUAAUUCCUUGAUUGAAACCGUUCAGGAAGGAUCUGAUAUUAUUCUGCACCAAUAUAAAUUAGAGCGAAGAGAAAAAGCCACCGGGGAUUCAAAGAGAUUUGCUCAAAGGUCUGAGUCUGAAAUGCAAGAGCUUUCAAAAAGAGGCUUUGAGUCUUUUCUACUUUCAUUUGCUGGAAACAUUUUGCACAAGUUGCUUGACAUUAGUGGUGUCACCGGUGUCAGCUUUGUUGACAAAGUUCUAGAAAUUUUCGGAGUUUGAGCUGAGGUCCUAUAGGCUAAGUUUGAUUUUCCCUUCUUUAGAAUUGUUUGCGGGGAGGGAAGUUUGUAUCAGUUUAUACAUGUUUAUGAAUUGAAUAUCAAAAUGAAU